CCUUGUCAGAUUCCAAACAUUGCGAGCCAUCUGGCGAAACUUGUGGUCUCUCCAUCACCACAUAUCCGAAUUCUAAGAGCGAUGUCUUCUGUUACUUCUCAUCCAUCCUUGACGAAGGUCUCCACUGAGCAUGCACCCGCUGCUAUCGGACCUUAUAGCCAGGCCAUUGUUGCACACCCCUUCGUCUUUGUCUCUGGCUGCCUUGGUUUUGACCCGAAGACUGGCCAAUUUGUCGCUGGCGGUGUAGAGGAGCAGGCACGACAAGCGCUGUUGAAUCUGAAGGCAGUUGUGGAAGCUAGCGGGAGUGAAGUAGGGAAAGUGGUCAAAACAACAGUUUUCUUGAAGGAUAUGAAUGACUUUGCGGCGGUCAACAAGAUCUACGAGAGCUUCUUUGGCGAUCACAAACCUGCGCGCUCGGCAGUCGAGGUAGCGCGUAUUCCUAGAGAUGGGCUAGUAGAGGUGGAAGCUAUCGCUUCGGUCGCAUGAAAAAAUAGGAAGAGAAGGAUUACGCACACUUGUGAAGGUAUCGAAAUAAUUGUCGAAAUUGCACUUAUUUUCGAU